AUGUAUCUGACAAAUAUGAGAAUAUUGAAGGUAUUCUCGUCAUAUAAGUUUCGUUUUUGUAUUGGACUUAUUGUUGUACUCAGUUUUUGGCAAAUAUUCAGGGCCAUAACAAACAGCAAUAAACAGAAACUAAUUCAUUCUUCACGUGCUCUGAACCUUGACAACUCUUUAAUGGCUAAGAGUGUAAAAGAUAUGAAAUAUCUUCCAGUUGGUGUAUACUAUGAAGCAUUGUGUCCAGAUUCAAGGAAUUUUAUACUUCAGCAUUUAGUUCCGUCUUUUAAUAAAGCACCAAACAGUUUUGAUAUUGAAUUUGUUCCUUAUGGAAAAGCCAAGACACACGAAAAUGCUGAUGGCUCAAUAAUAUUUGCCUGUCAACACGGACCAGUAGAAUGUCAUGCAAAUAAAAUUCAUUCAUGUGCUACUCAACACAUAAAAGAUAAAAAUGUUUUGGUCAAAUAUGUAUCGUGCAUGAUUGAUAAUAACUAUGAUCCAGAAAUGAUCGGAAUGCUUUGUGCCAAAAAAUACAAUGUUAAUUGGAAUAAAAUUUAUACUUGUUCAGAAGGAAAAGAAGGUGAACUAUUAUUAAAACUAAAUGGUGAAGCAACGGACAAACUUUGGCCCCAAGUUUCUUUCAUCCCAACAAUUUUGAUUAACCAUGAACAACCCAGACAAGCUUCUGUCUUGAAAGAUUUUUGGGGUGUCGCUUGCAGUUAUUUUCCUCCAGAAUCAAAACCUGCUGCUUGUUAA